AUUAAGUUUAGCUGGAAAUCUGAAAGUUGGGGGUUAUUUACACGAGGCCCACUGUAAUAAUGUGAAUAUCUUUACAGGUCUGGUUCCAGAACCGCCGAGCUAAGUGUCGAAAACAAGAGAGUCAAAUGCAAAAAGCUGGAUUACUCUUGCAAUCUCCAGGAACUCCACUAGACACCUGUCGGGUAGCACCAUUCUUCAACAUGCCCCCAAUUCGAGAACCAAUGGAAAGGUUCGCCAUGCCACCUUUCCCCCCCUACUACCCCUACCACGCUGCUGCCGCGGCCGCCGCUGCUGCUUCUCAACACCCACUUCAUCCCAUCUUCUUCUACCCGCACCAUUACACUGCACUCAACUACGCCAUGAUACCAGACAGCAGCUUCAAAACAAACAAAAGUUCCAGUAUUGCCGAUCUCAGGUUGAAAGCCAAGAAACACUUAGCAACGUUAGGACUAUGAACUGACAAUAACUGUACUUUCUCAUUUCGUUUUUGUCUUCUCCCUUCGCCACCACCACCACAACCACCACCACCACCACCACUACCACCACCACCACCAAAUUGUUUUCGUUUCAUUUUAUAUAAACACUGUUUGUUUGUUUGUUGUUUUUUUUUUCACCCUAAACCUGUCUUCUGUAAACACCCAGUUAUCAUCAUGGCGGCCAGUUUCCACUCAAUAAAGGGCAGACAACUCAUUCCGGCUCACCUGGAGCUUUUUUGCUGAGAAUUCGUAACUUGAACAAUGCAAACGACCUCACUUCUCUCACUCAGACAGCAGCGACAACAACUUUUAUUGUACACACCACCACCAACAACAACAACAACAACAACCACAACACCAACACUAACGAGUCAAUAUAUUAGUGCGUGUGUGUAUAUAUAUACAUAUAUAUAUAUACUAUA